AGCACUCUGCUUCCAUUUUCGAGAUCCUCGAAGUGUUUGAUUGUUUGCCCCAAAAAAAGCUUGAAAAAAAGGGGGAAAAUGGGGAUUUUGAUCGGUAGUUCAUGCCUGAUGAAGUGCCCAAUGGAUCGAUCCUUCCACUCUUUGAGCUCUCCAUGGUGUCCUGCUUCUCCUCCAUUGGCGUAUGCUCAUAGGAAGGCGACUAAGAAAAGGAAGAAGCUAAUGGCCUUGGCUUCACUUCAUGGUGAAAGGUUAGCAGGUGACACUGAUUCGUUGCGGAGGAGAGCUGUUCUCUUUGUUGGCGUCUCGGUUCUUCCCUUCUUGCAGCUCAGAGCUGUAGCUUUGGAAGGCAGGGGCUUGUUGAGGCGUCGUCGUCGUGCUCGUACUUUCAGUGAGUCCAGACGUAAACCUGGAGAUGUUGAAAAUAAGCAAGAUGCAGUGAAGUUAGAGGAUAGCAUUCCUAAACAAGCAGAGCAAGAUAUCUCUCCCCAAGUGAAUCAAUCGGUUUCUGAACAGACUGAACAAAACAUCUUACCAAUAGAAUUUGAUAAACCAAAGGAAGUAAAUGAACAAGAUGUGCCUGGAACUCUGAAAAAGCCAGAGACAGGAGUUCUCGAAGAAUCUAAGCCAGUGAUAUUGUCUCAAGAACCAAUUGAAGCUGAGCCUGCUGUUCGAGAAGUGACGCCGGGAAAUCCAUUCUCAUCCUUCCUGAAUGCGCUUGGAAUAAUUGGAUCCGGCGUGCUUGGUGCAUUAUAUGCUGACUCUCGAAAGGAGAAGGCAGCCAUGGAAUCUGCAAUAGAAUCUAUGAAGGUUGAGCAGAAGGAACAGGAAGCAGCUAUGGCCCUGAUGAAGGAGGACUUUCAUGCAAGACUACUUGAUCAACAGGAAGAAAGGAAAAAACAAAUCAAAAGUUUGAAACAGGAGGAAGCCGCUCUUUUAAACCAACUGGCGUUGGCAAAUGAACGAAUAGCAAUUUUGAGUCAAGAACUGGAAAGAGAGAAAAAAGUUGUUGAGGAGUUCAAAGCACAGAGGGAUAAUCUUGAAUAUGUUAUUACAAAAGCAGAGGAAGAUAGAAAGGUACUUGAAGUCAAACUUAAAGAAAAGACAGAUGCAAUUGAUGUCUUAAAUGAUAAGGUGAGUCUUCUGAGCUUGGAGAUUCAUGAAAAGGAGAAGAGUGUUGGAAAUCUCACCUUAUCGCUUACCAAAAAGGAAUCGGAAUGCCGGAUGUUGAACUCUAGGAUUGACCAGACAAAUAGAGAUCUUUCUGAAGCAAGUUCCAUUAUUGAGCAGUUAAAAGAAGAAAUCUCGAAGACCAAUGAAGAAUUAUCUGUAAAAACAUCCCUGGUUCAGGACUUGAAUACAAAAGUAAAUUCAUUGAGCACAGAACGAGAUGAGACAAAAAAAAAACUUCAUGACCUUCUAAAUGAGUUCGAUGAUUUAAAGUUAUCAUCUGAGAAGAGAUUGGUGCAUGAUUCAGAGCUGUUGGCUAAGAAAGAUGAUCAAGUCCGUCAGCUUCAAGAAAAGGUGGCACAUGCUUUGAGGGAAAUACAGGACAAUCAGUCUGCAGUCAAUGCACUAACAACUGAAAGUGAUGAUCUUAAAGCUAAACUGGAGAAAGAAGUGAAUGGCAGAGAGAAAUUAAGAAAUGAGCUUCACAUUGUCCAAAGAGCCUAUGAAGCCUUGAGAUUGGAGCUUUCUAAUCUUUCAAUGGAACUAGAUGAGACCAGGAAAUCCUAUGCUGAUCUCAACACCAAGUUUUCAGAAAUGCAGUAUGUGUUUUCUGAGACAAAGAAAUCACUAAACACUGAUCUUGAAGAAGCAAAUGCAGCUAUAAAAGAACUCACCGAUAAUCUUAUUUCAAUCAAGGAGGCCCUCAGGAUAACCAAGGAAGAGCUUGGUGCUGCAUCAAAUAAAUUGAAGAAUGUGGUAAAAGAUCGUGAAAGCUUAAAGAAGGAACUAUUGGAGGUUUACAAAAAAGCAGAAAUAACAGCACAUGAAUUGAAGGAAGAUAAGAUUUUAGUAGCUACUUUAAAUAGAGAGCUUGAAGUGUUGGGAAAACAAUUGCUAAAAGAUUCAGAAGCUCGUAAGGCUCUUGAAUCCGAUUUAGAUGAGGCUACAAAAUCGCUUGAUGCGAUGAAUAAGAGUGCAUUGGUGCUCUCGAACGAGCUAGAGUCUAGUAAUUCGCGAGCUUCUAGUCUUGAAACAGAGAAAGAGAUGUUGUUCAAAUCUCUCAUCGAGCAAAAGGAUAUAACCAAAGAAGCUCAGGAAAAUCUUGAAGAUGCACAGAACCUUAUCACAAGACUUGGCUGUGAAAGAGAGCAUUUGGAGAAAAGGUCUAAAAUGCUCGAAGAUGAUUUAGCGGCAGCAAAAGGUGAAAUUUUGAGACUAAGAAGACAGAUUAGUAGCAAUAAAGAGUCUAGAAACUCCACAAAUGAGCUUGAAUUAAGUAAUAACAAAAUGCCUCCAACCAAAAGUAGUACAAAUGAUAUUUCUCCCAGCAUGCCAUUUUCUGUUAAGAAAACCGGGGGUAGGAGAAGAAAGGGAGACUCAACAUCAGAUGUGGAUCAAUAGAAUUAUCAUUAAAAACAUUGUUCUUGUCGUCUUCUUUUUUUUUUAAUUAGUAAAACGUGUAUGUAUUGUAAUGUUGAGAGUAAUCGAUAGAAUCAGCUAUUUCCGUUUAAGAGCUCAUUGUCUUUUUUC